GCGCUGAUUGUUUGGAGAUCAGCGCUGCGUCACACGAACGCUCUCAUUCAAACACACAGGACACUUUCACAACAGACACACACCCGGAAGGUUCAGCUUCACACUCGAGAUCAGCAGCUCAGCAUGAAUCGCUUCAAGACGUCCAAAUAUAAGAACAGCACUCCCAAAAUCCCCAAGAAAGAUGGCUGGAUUGCGGGCGUGCGAGGAGGCUCCUUCUCUUCUCAGGGCAAGCACAUCACGUCCAGCUGCAGUCUGGUGGCCUUCAACACAGAUCAGGCUGGAGGUGGGAUGCUCGGCCUGACCUCUGUGGACGCUGCCUCUGAUGGGAAGUGGACCGUGACUCCGAUCUCAUGCCAUGCUGACCUGGUGACCGACCUGGACUUCUCUCCGUUUGACGACUCUCUGCUGGCGACCUGCUCGGCGGAUGAGACGGUGAAGCUGUGGCGUGUGUGUGGUCCUGCUCAGGAUCAGGUCAGUGAUGCCGAGGUGACUCUGAGUCCCGCUGACGGCCGUCUGGAGCUGGUCCUCUUCCACCCCGCCGCCUCUCAGCUGCUCGCCGUGGCCUCUGUGAGGGGUGUGCAGGUGUGGGACGUCACACGAGACACAGCACUCGCAGUGCUGCAGCAGCACGAGGAUCAGCUGCAGGGUUUGGGCUGGAAGGAGGACGGAUCUCUGCUGGCCUCGUCCUGUAAGGACAGGAAGCUGCGCCUCUUCGACCCGCGGGCUCAGCUGUCAGCGGUGCAGUGUGUCCAGGGUCAUCAGGGUAAUAGAGACUCUCGGGUCCUUUGGGUCAAAGAUGACAACUUGCUCACUACUGGCUUUAACCAGAUGAGGCAGCAGGAAGUGAGACUCUGGGACAGCAGGAAGUUGAGUUCGUCUCUCAGCUCGGUGUCUUUGGCCACCUCCAAUGCGACUCUGACGCCUCUGUAUGAUCCCGACUCUGGAUUACUUACUGUGUCCGGAAAUGGUGAGAGUGUGAUCGACUGUUUCGAGGUGAACAGCAGCGAGCCCUUCCUGUCUCAAGUGAGUCACUGUCUGACCGACCUGUCGACCCGUGGCAUGGCUCUGGUGCCCAAGCUCGCUCUGGACGUCAGCUGCUGUGAGGUUCUGCGUCUGCUGCAGCUCUCUGAUAACUUCAUAGUGCCCAUCAGCUACCAGGUGCCUCGCAAGGCAGGACAGGACUUCCAUGCGGACUUGUAUCCGGACACCGCGGGUCACACCCCAGCCAUGACGGCAGAGGACUGGUGGAGAGGAGAGAACAAACAGGUGGAGCGAGUCAGUCUUCACCCAAACAAGAGGCCGAAACCAGCCACUCCGUCAGCUCAGGAGAAAAAACCAAAGGAUCUUCCCCGUGACAAGAGCAAAGAGGAGACCUCGACCUCCAGCAGUCCCGUCAGCACCCCCAGCAGCAGUGCUGUCCCGUCCCGCUCCCCGUCCUCCACCAGCGGCCUGUCGUCCGGCUUCCUGCCCAGCCCCAGCCCCAGCCAGAGCUCCCGCGCCAUCCAAAGCAUGCUCGGCCCGAGCUCGAAGUUUCGUCACAUCCAGGGGGCCGUUUUGCACCGGGACACACACAUCACUAACCUGCGUGGGCUUCAUCUGACCACACCGGGAGAGUGUGAUGGCUUCUGUGCCAACGGCCAGCGUGUGGCGGUGCCUCUGGCCAUCGCCGGAGGACAGAUCGCCGUGUUUGAGCUGUCCCAGCCUGGAAAACUGCCGGACACCGCGCUGCCCACCAUCCAGAACUCUGUCAGUGUGGCCGACUUCUGCUGGGACCCCUUCGACACACACAAGCUGGUUGUGGCUGGUGAUGAUGCCAAGAUCCGCGUCUGGAAGAUUCCCAAAGGAGGCGUGACCGAGACCAUGACCGAGCCGGAGUGUGUUCUGCGGGGACACACGGAGAAGAUUUACUCCAUCAAGUUCCACCCCCACGCCUCGGGCCUGCUGGCGUCCUCCUCCUAUGACCUGACGGUGAGACUGUGGAGCCUGGAGACAGGAGAGGAAGUCAAGCGGCUCAGCGGACAUCAGGACCAGAUAUUUGGCAUGGCUUGGAGUCCAGACGGGAAACUGCUGGCCACUGUGUGUAAGGACGGAAAAGUGCGUCUGUACGACCCACGCAAGUCCACCUCGCCCAUCCAGGAGGGCCCAGGACCUGAGGGCCAUCGAGGGGCCCGUGUAGUGUGGGUCUGUGAUGGCAAGUACCUGCUGGUUUCAGGAUUCGACAGUCGCAGUGAACGGCAGCUGUACCUGUUCUCCGCUGAGUCCUUGGCAUCCGGGUCUGUGGCUUCUGUGCCCGCCGAUGUGUCUCCCUCAACCCUUAUCCCCUUCUAUGAUCCUGACACCAGCGUCCUCAUCCUCACUGGGAAGGGUGACACUCGGGUUUAUGCAUACGAGAUCUUGCCGGAGGCGCCGUACUUCAUGGAGUGCAGUAGUUUUAAUUCCUCUGAACCACACAAGGGCCUGUGUUUCCUGCCCAAGACUGAGUGUGACGUGCGUGAUGUGGAAGUGGCUCGAGCCAUCCGACUGGGAAAGGCCACCAUUGAACCCGUGGCCUUCAGAGUGCCUCGUGUCAAAAAAGAGUUUUUCCAGGAUGAUGUUUUCCCGGAGACUGCAGUGUGGUGGGAAGCGUCUCUGACCGCUGCUGCCUGGCUCUCUGGAUCCAACGGACAGCAACGCAAAAUCAGCCUGCGGCCCAAAGACAUGACGCCCGUGAGUGAAGCACCAAAAGAGGUUCCUGUGAGGAAGUACCUGCCCUCCUCCGUCUACCUGGAGGAGAAAACUGAUGAACAGAAGAAAGAGGAGUUGCUCAGUGCCAUGGUGGCGAAGCUGGGAAACAGGGACGAUCCUCUGCCACAGGCGUCAUGUGAGGGUGUGGAUGAAGAUGAGUGGGACGACUAACACACAAGCCUUGCCUCGCGGUCCAGUCAGGGUCCAGCAGCAGACAUGGGACAUGCCUGCUGUAUUUAAAUCUUGCCAUUCCAGGGUGCCAACGUACCUCUGAACCUCCUAAACAUUCCCCAUCCCACCAGCUUCAGCGCCGUACAGCCUGCUGAUUCACUCACACACACACACACACACACACACACACACACACACACACACACACACACACACACUCCAUCUAUCUGUCUUCUAGAUAACCCUCCCGUCAUCUCUCUGCAUUGGUUUAACUGGAGUAUUAAUAUCUGUUAUUGAUGGUUAAAAUGAUUCUUCACACAUGAACACAUUGUUAUGCACAGUUCAGAUAUUCAUCUCAGAUGCAUGACGCACAUUUAUAAUAUGACAGGGUUUUUUCUGUGUCGGUUUUAUUGAUGGCAUCAGUUUUGUACUGUUGUAAUUGACUGUAUAAUGACUGCAUGAUAACACAAGCCUUCCUCAAUCUAUAACACAAACCUCUCGGGAUAUUUUCAUUGGUGAAAUGUGCACUUAAUACCAUCAUCUGUUGAAAUGGUUAAAAGUAAUCUUUGCAUUGAUAUUGUGGUGAUUUUUUGGAAUAAAUGUCAUCUCGUUUAGGUUCUUAACAGCGAAAGAUUUGCUUUAAAUGAAUGAUCUUUGUAUUUUCUGUCUUAAUGAAUGAUCUGGAGACUGUUGAAAUCUGGGAAAUACUCCUUUCUGUAUAUUUCCUUCUGCUCAACCUCAACAGUAUUAACACAAAUCUACUUCACAAGGGUAUUUUCUCUAAUAAUCUAUCACAAAGCAAUACGGCUAUUUUCUUUUUUAACAGAGCAGGUUUACAUGUGCCGGGUAAGGAGUGGUGCAUGUUAUGGCACUCGUAGCAUGUGAUGUCCUGUACUUGACAUGUGACCAUGUACUCACACAUAAACGCUAGAUCUUAAUAGAUAUGUGUUUUUUAAAUGUGAGCUCAUUUUGCUACCAGUCUGAUGUUUUUGGGAUGCUUUUUCACCGCACUUGUAACCGCAUUCAUUUUAAUACUUUAUAGGCAAUAAUGUUUUCCACUCCACUUUUGAAUGGAAUCAGUCUUGUGGGAAAGUUCCCUCAUAAUAAAACCUUGAGAGCUAAGAAA